AUGCCCAUUGGAAAUGACGAUAAAGGCGUCUCAGGAGCAGUCACCACCGUAACCGGCACUGUGCGUUCUCUCCCAAAUGUUUUACCACGGCAGCGUUGUCUGACAUUCACACAGCUAGGAGCAGCCGUAGGCGGAGUGUCUCGCACCGUGGGAGGCGUUGUUGGCGCAGCCGGUCGUGGCGUCGGCGACACCAUCAACAGUGAGCUGAAGAUUCUCAUGAACUGCUAUAAUAUUUUCUGACUCGUUUCUGCUAGACACGACCGGCACCAAAGCUGUUGGCGACGGCCUUCAAGGCGUCACUAACGGUGUUGAGAAUGGGACCAAGAACCUGGCUAAGGGAGUGGAAGAUGGCUCUCAGGGCAAGCGGAUGUGGUAG